CAGAUGCCCUGGAUCUCAAAGGGGGCAAUGGCACCGUGCAUGCUGCUCCUGCUGCAGGUGGCCACCCUGGCCCUUACCCAGACUCACAGGGGCUCACACUCGCUGCGGUUUUUCCACACCGCUGUGUCUCGUCCCUGCAUUGCGGAGCCCCGGUUCAUCUCUGUCGGCUAUGUGGAUGACACACAGUUCGUGGGCUUCGACAGCGAUUCAGAGAAUCCAAGGAUGGAGCCGCGGGUGCCUUGGGUGAAGAAGCAGGGGCCAGAGUAUUGGGAGGGGAUGACACAGAGUGUCAAGAACAUUGAGCAGAGUUUCCGAGUGGGCCUGAGGAACCUGCUCCACGACUACAACCAGAGCGAGGGCGGCUCUCACACCAUCCAGAGGACAUAUGGCUGUGAGGUGGAGUCCAACGGGAGCCUCCUCCGCGGGUAUCAUCAGUCUGCCUAUGAUGGUCGCGAUUUCAUCACUCUGAAUGAAGACCUAAAAACGUGGACGGCAGCGGACAUGGUGGCGCAAAUCACAAAACACAAGUGGGAGCAGGCUGGUAUUGCAGAGAGAUUCAGGGCCUACAUGGAGGGCGAGUGCGUGGAGUGGCUCCACAGAUACCUGGAGUGCGGGAAGGAGAUGCUACUGUGCACAGAUCCCCCAAAGGCACAUGUGACCCAUCACCCCAGAUCUGAAGGUGAUGUCACUCUGAGGUGCUGGGCCCUGGACUUCUACCCUGCUGACAUCACCCUGACCUGGCAGUUGAAUGGGGAGGAGCUGACCCAGGACAUGGAGUUUGUGCAGACCAGGCCUUCUGGGGAUGGAACCUUCCAGAAGUGGGCAUCUGUGGUGGUGCCUCUAGGGAAGGAGCAGGUUUACACUUGCCAUGUGUACCAUGAGGGUCUGUCUGAGCCCCUCACCCUGAGAUGGGAGCCUCCUCCAUCCACUGACUCUAACAUGGCAAUCAUUGCUGUUCUGGUUGUCCUUGGACCUGUGGCCAUCAUUGGAGCUGUGGUGGCUUUUGUGAUGAAGAGGAGGAAAAACACAGGCAGCGACAGCUCCCAGAGCUCUGAAAUGUCUCUCCCAGAUUGUAAAGCAUGAAGACAGCAGCCUGGUGUGGACUGAGUGACAGACACUGUGUUCAGUUUCUCCUGUGAUGUCCAGAGCCCUCAGUUCUCUUUAGACAACAGUGUCUAAUGUUCCCUGUGAUCCUAUGGGCUCAAUGUGAAGACCUGUGGAGCUCAGUCUACCCCUGCACACCAGCACCCUGUCCCUGCACUGCCUGUGUUCCCUUCCACAGCCAACCUUCCUGGUCCAGCCAAACACUGGGGGACAUCUGCAUCCUGUCAGCUCCAUGCUGCCCUGAGCUGCAGCUCCUCACUUCCACAUUGAGAAUAAGAAUCUGAAUGUGAACUAGAUUGUUCACAUCCUUGACCUGAGGGUUGAUUGACAGGUAAAUAACGGAUUGGGAAUACUUAGAGUUUGUGCAGGAAAUAAAUGACAGAUGGAGAACCUUCCA